CAUGUGCCUGGCGCAGCUCUUCCUGCAGUCGGGCACGGCCUACGAGUGCCUCAGCGCGCUGGGCGAGAAGGGCCUGGUCCAGUUCCGAGACCUCAACCAGAAUGUGAGUUCUUUCCAAAGAAAAUUUGUUGGUGAGGUGAAGAGGUGUGAAGAACUAGAGCGAAUAUUGGCAUAUUUGGUGCAGGAAAUCAAUAGAGCGCAUAUUCCCCUUCCUGAGGGAGAGACCAGUCCUCCUGCACCGCCUCUUAAACAAGUUCUCGAAAUGCAGGAGCAGUUGCAAAAGCUGGAGGUUGAAUUGCGAGAAGUCACUAAGAACAAAGAGAAACUGAGGAAGAACCUGCUUGAGCUGAUCGAGUACACCCACAUGCUGAGAGUGACCAAAACCUUCGUCAGACGCACCGUGGAGUUUGAACCCACUUAUGAAGAAUUCCCUCCCUUGGAGAAUGAUUCUUUGUUGGACUACAGCUGUAUGCAGAGGCUGGGAGCAAAACUGGGAUUUGUAUCUGGCCUAAUUAACCAAGGAAAAGUUGAAGCAUUCGAAAAAAUGUUGUGGAGGGUCUGUAAAGGGUACACCAUUGUGACCUAUGCAGAGCUGGAGGAACCCCUCGAAGACCCUGAAACAGGAGAAGUCAUAAAAUGGUACGUGUUUUUAAUAUCCUUUUGGGGAGAGCAGAUUGGUCACAAGGUUAAGAAGAUAUGUGAUUGUUACCACUGCCACGUGUACCCCUAUCCAAAUACUGCUGAGGAGCGGAGGGAGAUCCAGGAGGGGCUCAGCACCCGGAUUCAAGAUCUCUACACUGUGCUUCACAAAACCGAGGACUAUUUAAGGCAAGUACUGUGUAAAGCCGCCGAGUCGGUCUACAGCCGCGUCAUCCAGGUGAAGAAGAUGAAAGCCAUUUACCACAUGCUGAACAUGUGCAGCUUCGACGUGACCAACAAGUGCCUCAUCGCGGAGGUCUGGUGUCCCGAGGCCGAGCUGCACCAGCUGCGCCGGGCGCUGGAGGAGGGCUCGAGAGAGAGCGGUGCUGCUCUCCCCUCGUUCAUGAACACCAUCCCCACAAAAGAAACACCCCCGACCCUGAUCCGCACCAACAAAUUCACCGAGGGGUUUCAGAACAUCGUGGAUGCCUACGGAGUUGGGAGCUACCGAGAAGUGAACCCAGCUCUCUUCACCAUCAUCACUUUCCCCUUCUUAUUUGCCGUGAUGUUUGGAGACCUUGGACAUGGCUUUGUGAUGUUCUUAUUUGCCCUCUUGUUGGUGUUAAAUGAAAAUCAUCCCAGACUAAAUCAGUCACAAGAGAUCAUGCGGAUGUUUUUCAACGGCCGCUACAUCCUGCUUCUGAUGGGGCUGUUCUCAGUGUACACGGGCCUCAUUUACAACGACUGCUUUUCCAAGUGUGUCAACCUCUUCGGCUCCAGGUGGAACGUGUCCGCCAUGUACAGCUCCAGCCACAGCCCGGAGGAGCGGAGGAAGAUGGUGCUUUGGAAUGACAGCGUCAUCAGGCACAACAGGGUUUUGCAGCUGGAUCCAAGUAUUCCUGGAGUGUUCCAAGGCCCGUAUCCUCUUGGCAUCGAUCCUGUUUGGAACUUGGCCACAAAUCGUCUCACUUUUCUAAACUCUUUCAAAAUGAAAAUGUCUGUGAUUUUAGGAAUUAUUCACAUGACUUUUGGCGUAAUUCUGGGAAUAUUUAACCACUUGCAUUUCAGGAAGAAGUUCAGUAUUUACUUGGUUUCCAUCCCAGAACUUCUCUUCAUGCUCUGCAUCUUUGGAUACCUUAUAUUUAUGAUUGUCUAUAAAUGGCUGGUUUUUUCAGCAGAAACCUCCAGAGUUGCUCCUAGCAUUCUGAUUGAAUUUAUUAACAUGUUUUUAUUCCCGGCCAGUGAAACAGAUGGUCUUUACCCAGGGCAGGAGCACGUCCAGAGGCUGCUGCUGGUCGUCACCGCUCUGUCCGUCCCCGUGCUUUUCUUGGGAAAACCACUCUUCUUGCUGUGGCUUCACAACGGGUGCAGUUGCUUUGGGGUCAGCAGGAGUGGUUACACGCUUGUAAGGAAAGACAGCGAGGAAGAAGUUUCUCUGUUGGGAAGCCAAGACAUAGAAGGGGGAAGCAACCAGAUGGAAGAUGGGUAUAGAGAAGUGACGUGCGAAGAGUUUAACUUUGGAGAAAUAUUAAUGACCCAAGUCAUUCAUUCCAUCGAGUACUGUCUGGGCUGCAUCUCCAACACCGCUUCGUACCUGAGGCUCUGGGCUCUCAGUCUGGCUCACGCACAGUUAUCUGAUGUCCUGUGGACCAUGCUGAUGCGUGUCGGCCUCCGAGUAGACACAACUUACGGGGUCUUGCUGCUGCUCCCGAUGGUGGCCCUCUUUGCAGUUUUGACAAUUUUCAUCCUUUUGCUGAUGGAAGGACUUUCUGCAUUUCUUCACGCCGUACGCCUCCACUGGGUAGAAUUUCAGAACAAGUUCUACGUUGGUGCAGGCACCAAAUUUGUUCCUUUCUCAUUCAGAUUACUGUCUUUGAAGUUCAGUGACGACGUGGCAUAAUCAGAUUUCUGUAUCCAGCAAGCUUUCAGAUGUCAUGUUGCAGAAUUUCACUUCUGUUAAAUUGACAGUAGGAAGAACUCCAUCUUCAUUGAUUGCCUUAUGAGCUAGCCAGACAAUUCUGUGAGAUAUACCUCUUCCUCUUACGUGAGAGAUUUUGUGAAGUUUGUCAGUUUCAGAUACAUAAAUUUCUUUCAGUUUUUAUGAUGAGCAAAUGUAAGUUAAUGCCAAAAGUUACGUUAAAAGUUAUUUUUAAAAAUACAGGCUUCGGGGAGAGAAGCCAAUUUGGAAUGGCUAAUUGAAGAUGGUCUUAGAUACUUGAUUCCUUUUCACAUUAUUAAAAAAAAAACAGUUAGUCUGUCACCUGAAGUUGUCAGAGAAAUAUUUUCCAAUAGCUGAAAUUAAGUAGUUUUUUUAAAAAAUUUGAUGGUGGAUAAUCAAAAAGAUUCACAUCUAUUUUGCCUGACUAAAAGUAUGCAGACUUUUUACAUUGUAUGCUAUCUAGAAUUACAAGUAGAAUUGUUUCUACAGUUUUGUCUUGUUUUAAUAAUUGGAGAAAAUGGGAUAAAAUAACAUAGAACAAAUGGUUAUCCCACUUGCAUAUUUUUUUAAAGACCCUUACCCUGUUAUACUGACAUAAAACCAAUUAUAAUUGUAUGUUUGGGAAGAUAAACUGUGUACUGAGCCUUAAAACCCAGUGUUACUGUACAACAUAUAAUAUGGAUAUGAUUUGAACUUAGUGACCAGCUUGGCUAGUGUUACUGAACCAAAAGGGGUUUAUACUGAGUGAAGGAGAGGUUAAAAAAAAGUAGUAUUUUGUAUAUUUUUAUAAUAAAAUGUAAAUUAAGAUAUUUUACCAUGAAGAGAUUGCACCUGUCCUUGAGAACAGUAUAAUUAUAUGAUUUCCCUUUCAGACUAAUUCUAAAUAAAAGUCUCAUAAAGGCAUUUGAACUUUUAAAAACUUUAGUUCAGUUGAAAACCAAUUCUUACUAAGCCAUUAAUUUAUAACCUUUAGUUUAAAUUCAUCUUUUCACUUGAGUCAAUCUUACUGAACAUUUUGACCUAUUCUCUGUUCUGAUAAAUUAUGUUCAUUUUUCAUAUUUUACUAUAAUUGGUUUUAGAUAAUUAUUUUUAAAAAGAAAUUAUUUUUACUUUCCUGACAAUUUUGAGUAACACACAUGAAAAGGCCGCUUGUCCCCCUACUGCUUCACCCUGGCUGGUGGUAGGGGGUUAGGGUUUUCAUUACAGGCUAAGAUCAUGUGGCCCUGAAUUUAAGCUUGUCUUUUCAGGUAAUUUCAAGGCCUAUUUGCUGAGAGGCGUGAACUCAACAUCAUGACAUAACUGUGACUCUGACAUUAAACCUUUUUAAUUGUAGUAAAGACUCCAUGCUACUUCUCCAUGAGAUGUGAACCCAAAGCCCGUUUGGGAUUACUGGGUUUUGUCCUUUGUGUUAAAAUUUCAAGCAUAAAACAAUGCUGGUGAAACUCUUGAAAACGAUUCUGCCCUCAGAGUUAAGUUUCCCCAGAAAGGUGUAAUGUUGGAUGCUUUUGUUGGGUGAAUAAUGCCUUCCGGGCAAACUUGUCCCUCAUAAUUUCCUAUUUUUAUUACUUUACUCCAAGGGUCUGUUGUAAUAAAAUGGUAACUAAUUUAUCCCUAGGAAACCCAUAAUCUCACUGCUAACUGGCUAGUAAACAAGAGGCAUACAGUAUCUGCUAGAAUUUUUUACUGCCCCUGCUGGAAAUUGUCACGGGGGACACUUUUUAAUUCCAGUGAAUGCCUCCAUCAGGGUAUAGAACAGAGUGAAGGGUCAUUUUUCAAUUGAAAACUAUGUAGUGGUUAUGUAGGAUGUAAUGACAUAAAAAACGAAUUAUUAGCCUUGACUUUAGUGAAAGAAUUCUCUAGAAUUAUAGUUUGAUGGUAUCUUUUAGGCACCAGGGUGAAUUUUAUUUCUCUAUAAAGCUCCUGGUUCCGAGGUCAUGUUACCAGAGCAGUUGCUCUGUUUUGUUUGUAAGCUGUUUGGUAGAACUGUUGUACAUUCAGCUUUUAAGAUAUAACCUCAUUCCCUUGAUAGCAAAUAUCCAGAGGGAAAAUUAAUGGUCAGUUGUCUGGAUAAUGCUAAAUAUCUUUAUUUUCCUAACUCAAAAUGUCACAAUUGUCACGUUUCCCAGUUUUCAUUCACGUGUUCAGCCUCAAAUAAAAAUCCAAGGAAUUUCUUCAGUAAA